UCGUGUCGACCAGUUAAAGUAUGAUGUCUAGACCUGCAGACUGCUCUCAGAAACUUCCAGCAUCGGCGAUACACAAGGGAGCAGCAGGAGAGACAGCGAGAGGAGCUUCUGUCUCGCACCUUCAUCACCAGUACACAGGUUACGCAUCCCUGGCCAGAAAACUACAUAAUAAAUGAGAAGAAAGAGACUGCAAACAGCCAGGUGGGGAGCAGUGAGUGACCGAGGACAUUCGGCUGCUUUCUCCAGAUUCCUCAGAGACUCAGAGAAGACCAGCAGGAAGUCUGUGACACCCAGAGAACCGCGGGCCCUCGGCUGCACCUUGUCCCCUCCAAGGAUGAGAAGGGCGCUACUCAUCUCCUGGGUCGCCUGCCUCGUUACCACUCAUCAGGCCAGGCUCAUCGGCCGCUGUGACCUGGCCAAGCUGCUGCACCAGGAGGACAUGGACGGCUUUGAGGGGUACUCCCUGAGUGACUGGCUGUGUCUGGCUUUUGUGGAAAGCAACUUCAACAUAUCGAAGGUCAAUGAAAACGCAGACGGCAGCUUUGACUAUGGCAUAUUCCAGAUCAACAGCCACUACUGGUGCACCGAUCACCAGAGUCACUCGGAAAACAUUUGCCACCUGGAGUGUCAAGAACUGCUGCGCCCCAAUCUUCUCUCAACCAUCCACUGUGCAAAAAGAAUUGUGUCUGGAAGAGGUGGCAUGAAAAACUGGGUAGCAUGGAGGAUGCACUGUUCAGGCCGGCCUCUGUCCUACUGGAUGACAGGAUGUCACCUGGGAUGAGGCAGGGUGCAGGCCUGCUGUGAGUCAUUUCAAAACUCCUCUCCUCCCUUGGAAGUCUUUAUUUCCUUUUCUUUGCCUCCACCUCGUGUUAAUUUCUUCCCUUCCCAUUUACAAAUAAAACUGACCAGAGCCUCAGGACUUAAUGGUUUUCUGGGGAUUCCUCCUUGUUCCCAUCCAGGUCCAGGCUCCUGGUUCCUGACUGUCAUUUGCAAACCAAGAGGACCACAGUGAAGAUGAUUCUAUAUUUUUGGAAUUAUUACAACAUUCCUUGUGCAAAGAAUUCGCUAUGUGCUCGUUUAUUCACUAUUAAUUCCACAUAUACCUGGGGUGCCAAAAACAUGUAUACUCGUGACUUGUAUUCAUCUUUGGUUAUCGGUAUAUAUUGAGUAUUCCAGUUUUAGUAUACUUUUUUCCUUUCUUAAAUGUUUAUGCAUAUUUUGGCACCCUCUGUAUGUGAGUACCUAAUACAGCAGGAGUGUGCUGAGUACUAGAAGAAGGAAGAUAAGACAUAACUGGUAUUCUUGAGGCGUUCCUAAUCUAGGUGGAGAAGCAGAGACAUACAGGAAUAAUGCACACGGUCAAUGAAUGCAUACCUACAAUAGAUUGAGUGGAUAAUAACAUCUGUAAUUGUUGGUUAGAAACAGGAUCAGGAUCUGACUCGUUCUACCAAAGCCAACUAUUUUGGAAGUAAAAGAAAAUGCUCAGAAGUAGGUAAUGGGUGGGGCUGAGGAACAGGUAUAUUGAGGUGGACAAAGUAGUGGUGGGGUGGGGAAGUGGUCCUAGAUGGCAAUGUUUGGGGAGGUGCUUUGGGAGAAAGGGCUAGAAUCUGGGUGAUAAAAGGACUUCUCUGGGUACGAUCUGACUUACCUGCAAGGUGCUGACGUGGAGAAGAACCUGCUUAAGGACAAUGCAGAGGCAGAGAAGGCGCCAUUGGAGGAGUGUCCUGCACACAGCCACCGUCAGCUGUGUGUGAGUGAACUGGGGUGUUAUCUUAGCCCACUCGUGUCCCUACUUCUGAGCUUUCACUUCUUCAGCUAUGAAAUGAGAGACUCGACUAUUCAGUGAUGCCCAGACUUUUGAAUUUCAUAAACCAGUAAAAUGUGGGCGGGUAAACGAAGACAGUGAUAAGAUUUCCAACUUUUUAUUUUAAAGUCCAAAUAAGAAUAUUAAUCAAAAUAUAACUAUGAUCUUAAGUGUGAUUAUACUGCAACAUUUGAAAACUAGUACGCUUUUUAAUUGGAGGGUUUUACCCAGCGCUCAGCAACUCACAUAUACCUUGUAUGAAAUAUUUUGCUGAAGAACCUUUCUGUAAAUCACUUAUAUGGAUGCCCUGAAUUAGGGAUUAAGUUGCCAAAGUAAUUUCUAUAAGAACAUAUUAAAUGACUACAUAUAGGAUGUUUAAAAUCAGGGGAGUAAAAAAUGUGUUUCAUGUCAUUGAAAACUUAAUUUGGGGUAGAUUUCUGAUUAUUUAA